AUACUGAUAUAGACAUACACAUAGAUAACAUAUACAUAACACAUACAUAACACAUAUAUAACACAUAGAUAACACAUAGACAUACACAUAGAUAACAUAUACAUAACACAUAGAUAACACAUAGAUAACACAUAGAUAACACAUAGAUAACACAUUGCAACUGAAGAGAGUGAGUGGUACAGAGCAGUAGAUUCAGACUCAGACAGGUACCUCUGUCUGGUUCAGAUCAGGUUGAUUAACUGGUGUGUUGAAGGAAUCUGGAUCAGAUCUGGACCAGGUCCAGGAACAGGUCCAGGUCCAGGUCCAGGUCCUGGUCUUCUUCUCUACUUGAGACCAUUUGUUUGAAUGCUCAAAUCAAGUUGUUGUUCUGUCAAUUGAUUAGUUUGUUGAUUGAUUUCCUCGUUGAUUGAUUGGAGGUGACACACAGACACAGUGAACCUGAUCCGGGUUCCGUCAUCUCCUUCUUCAUUAUCACUGUGAGAAUGUGUCCAUGUGUUUUAACGUCUCUUCAGGAGGAAAGACCAGGUCUGUGUCUGAGGACCUGAGUGAAAACACUGCAUCCAUUUCCUCCUAAUGGACCCAGAGCAGCAGCUAGCAUUAGCCUGGGUACCCCACUCUAUCCUCCCCUGGGAACCAGAACCAUUAGACCAAGGAUGUUGUCGUCUCCACCAUCCACCCCUCUCCCCUCCUCCUCCUCCCCACCUCCACCCCCCCACACAGGGACCUCCGCCUCCCGACGUGUUGCCUUGGAAACGUACUGGAGGGAGGUCCAGAGCAUCGAGGAAGAGAAGGAGGGCGAGGAUGAAGAUGAAGAGGACGAGAGGAACAGUUUGGACGAGGCGGAGCUAGACGAGAGCUGGCUGACAGAGGCGGGGUUAUCCUCCCUGGUCACGGCCUCGUCCGAGGAGAAGAUGGCGCCCCCAGCUGAGGCCCUUCUGUCUACGUUGACCCGCCAGCAAGCCACAACUGUGAGGAGGAGGCUGGACAACUACAACGAGACGCUGAGGAAGAGAAACAAGCAGCCAAUCAGAGAUGUCCGAGACGUCUUCACUCAGGCUGAUUUAGCAGACAGAAGCCCCUCCCCUCCCUCUAACCGCUCCGGGUCAUCACCGGGUCGAUACCACAUGACCACCAAAACCAUCCGUCGCCACACCCACAGAGUUCGACCGUCUGUCCCUACGUGUCUUUUCAACGAGCGUCCUUCGGAAGAUCUGUCGUCGCCAUCACACUCUCUACCCCGAAGCCCCUCCCCUCCUAUGCCUGUCACUCAGACAAGACAACCUGAUUGGAUGCUGCGGGAUUGUCCGUACUCAGAAGGUGUGGCUGAGCACAAACAGGGUGGGGCUUGUUGGGACUGUCUACGUUUCCAUGGAGAUGACAGCUGUGAUGUGCCGUUCGUACCUGUCUCACCCUCUCAGGGUCUCACCUAUGCAGAUGACCUGUCGUCAUGUGACCUCACUCAGCUUGGUUUCAUCUCUCACAUUGAGCUCUCCACCUUUCUGCUCGCUCUGGGUGUGCAAACCAAACACACCCGCCCUCCACGCCGCUGGAACCAGGACAGCGGCGUGUUCGGCGUUCCUCUGAACUUUCUGUUGGAGAACGACAGGAAGAAGUUUCCCGGGGUUAAAGUUCCCAUCGUCUACCAAAAGUUGUUGUGUAUUUUAGAGCAGAGUGUGGAGACUGAGGGGAUCCUCAGAGUUCCUGGAUCAGUCGCUCGACUCAAGUACCUGCGUCGAGAGUUAGACAGGUGUGGUGGAGACAUCGACUGGUCGUCAGUGAGACAGGUGGAAGCUGCAGGUUUAUUGAAGCUUUUCAUCAGAGAGCUGCCGACACCUCUGCUGACGCACACACACCUGUCCACCUACCACUCUGUGCUGGGGAUCUCCUCGGUGCUUCAUCAGGUUCAGGCUCUUCAUCUCUUGUCGUUGUUGCUUCCUGAAGUGAACAGAGAAACGCUCAGAGCCCUGUUAGUCUUCCUGCGUGAGGUCGUCUCUCAUCAGGACCAGAACCGGAUGUCUCUGUGGAACGUCUCCAUGGUAAUGGCACCCAACCUGUUCUCCUGCCGUCACCGUGGCAACAAGCAGUCCAUUGCUAGGCAACGGGAUGAGAUGGAAGAGGCGGUGGGGGGGGCUCGCCUGAUCCGACUGAUGAUCACACACCAGGAUCUGCUGUGGACCGUACCAAGGUUCCUGUUGUCUCAGGUGAGACAGAUGAACCAGGCAGCCAAUCAGAAACAGUUCGGCCUCACCAGGACAACAAAACGACUUCUGAGGAGGAAGAACGACAAGAACCAGGUAGCGGAGCUGUGUGAAGGUGUGAUCAGGGUUCAUGCCCCCUCGCACACCAAGGUUUCCAUGGCGGUACAGCUUGACGGACAAACUAGAGCCAAAGACGUCACUGCUCGCUAUGAGUGUGAGAACAGUCCAGUUCAGUGUCUGUAUGAGGUCGGAGGAAACAUCUGUGAACGUCGCCUCCACCCAGACUGCGUCCUGUUGGAUGUUUACAGAGUGAAUCCUCACUGUGAUUGGCUGAUCAAACCCUGAUUCAUAGACAUUUGUCUCACUACCGACCUACAGUCAUCUGAGACCUGUCCCAAAACUGGUCCAACCUGUCUCACCACCUCUUCAGACCUUGAUCCUGUUUCACAACGUGCCUUACCACCUGUCGCACCAACAUCUCAAACUACUCCAGUUGACAACUGUCUCACAUCCUGUCAAGCAAAUGUUUACUUUAAGUUUCACUUGUGUUUUAUAAAACGUUCGAGAAAAAUAAAUGUUUUUAUUAAUCUUCUUUUCUUCCUCUCGUUUCACCUUUUUUUGUUGAUAAAAUCUGAAGACU